AUGGUAGCGAGGUAUUGGGCGAGGCUUAGUGAUGGUGGUGGUCAUCUCCGACCAGAGUAUUGUUUUUCGACAUUUGAUAAUAAGAUGAUUAGAUUCAUCACUGACAUUGACUCAAACCAUGAUGAUAUCGUUGGGUACUUGCCGGAAGAGCUUGCAUUGCUCUAUAUCAACUUAAAUUGGUUUUGGGGUAUUGUUCCUCACAGGAAAACCCAGAAUGAAAUUGAUCAGAAUUUGAAGAUUGUUCCUCUUAUCACUCUUGUGGAUGAUGCUCGAGUCAGGGAGAGACUAGAAGUUAUUGAGAAAGAUCAACAUGAAUACACACUGGAUGAAGAGGACAGGAGAAUGCAAGAUGUUAUACUGAAACCAGAUCCGUCAACAAAUGAUGCCAUGAUUUUGAAAAAAACUCUUUCUUGCUCAUAUCCAAACAUGUGUUUUAAUGAAGCACUUCGAAAGGAAAAUGAAAAGCUUCGACUGGAGCUACAACUAUCUCAAGCCAAUUAUGAUGUUCAGCAGUGUGAAGUAAUCCAGCGUUUGCUUCAUGUGACAGGUUGCGGCUAUAACUUCUAUUCCAUAUAAGAGUUCAUCCAUGAAAGGUUCUAAGAAAGUAGAGCGUAAUUACUCAGAUGCCAGCAGUGAGAAAGGCCAUUCAUAUAAUGAAAGCUCUCCUAGGAAACCUGGUUCACGCACAACUUCUAGGUUAGUUUUCCUUAGAGUUAUAG